GUUCUAGCAUCUGGCCAGGGCGGCAGCCUGAGAGCCAUGGAGCCGCUGGGUGCAGCACUGUCCUGCCCGUGUGCAUGGAGCUGCUUACGUUGCCUGCACUGCUGCUGUCCUGUUCCCACAACUUCUGCAAACACUGCCUGGAGCUGAUCUUGGUUUACCAGAAUUGCACCCAGGUCCAGGGAUGGUUCUGUUGUCCAGUGUGUAGGAAAGACAUUUAUUUGAAGGGCAGGGGAACAAAUGGAUUGCAGGGAAACAUCCUGGCUGAAAAUAUCCUGGAAAAGCUUAAGGAAGUACUUGAGACACUUCACACCGGGGAGCAAAACCAUCUCGCUCAGAUGUGUGAAAAGCGUGGAAAAAUCAUGAAUCUGUUGUGCCUAAGUGAUGAAAAGCCAAUAUGCAGGAUAUUCAAGCUCUCUGGGGACCACAGUUCUCACCAGGUAGCCAAGAUUGCUGAUGUGUACACAGAGAGGAAAGCUAGCUUUGCUGAGGACAUUCAGCAGGUGCUGCAGAGAUCUGAGAGCACAGCCCAGGAAACGGAGGUAUGGCUUGAAUCGUUCCUCUCCUGUCCCCACAUUAACAGGAAGACAAUGUUUGGUUCUGGUUUCAACAGUUUUCUCUUCAGAGCACUAGGCCAACAAAGGACACAGAGAGGCUCAUCAGACCUGUCCACCAGCACCACCAGCACAAGGACCAUGAUCAAAACCAUCGGAAACUGCCUGAUCAGCGGCAUCCACAGCCGCAGCCACAUGGUUACUUCAAAGCAGGAGCUGGAGCAUGCCUCUGAGUUGGAGAGGCUGCAGUGGGUGGCCUGGGACCUCGCAGUCCCCCGCCAGCUCUGCCACCAGAUGCUGAGGCUCCUGCAGCAGCACCAGAAUGCGAUACAGUUUCUCUUGGGAUCUGCAGCUAAGAGGACUUCCUUCUCCCAGUCCAUGUUUACUACAUUUCCAGGAAGGGACACUGGCCUUAUUGAGAUGAGCAAACUGAGGCACAGAACUCCAGGAGGCCUGGCCAAGGCCUCCUGGAGGGAACAGGGUCAGUUGACGGAAAAGAGCCCGAGGCUGCACGCUGGACAGCGUUCGGACCUUCCGGGUCGCGCACGUGUAAAUUGCCCCCAGGAGCCUGAGAGAGCAAAGCAGCCGCCCCGCCCCGCGGGCAGCGCGUUCAGCGGCCACGUGACACAGCCAGCCCAUCACGCGCAAAGGGCAGGGCCUGGAGGACACCACGCCCGCCACUCUCUCAGCCCUCCACUAGGAAAGAAGGAGAUGGUAUUGGUGGGCGGGCCAGACCCGCCUCCCCCACGGUGGCCACCCCGCGCGAGGCGGGCCCAGCCGCCGCCCUCCAACGGCUUCACCAAUGGGCUUGCGCGCUUUCCGCGGCGCCCGCCCCUGCAUCGGCCUCCCGGCGCCCGCGCUGCUUUCCCUCAGGCCGCCGCGGCGGCGCCCGCCCGCGCCUCCAUCCGGGUCCUGGCGCGCUGCUCUCCCGGCAGCGACGGGCGCGAGGGCCGGGGCAUUCCCACGGCGGCGACGGCCCUCUCCGCGAGCGCGAGGUGGGUAUGGCGGACGCGGCAGCGAGCGCGGGUCCGUCGCCAUUUUAUUUCGCGGAGACUCGCGGCAGCGGGUGGGCAGAAUGGGAGAGCCGUGGGCCGGCCCGCGCCUGUCCGGCUAACGCGGGCUGGGACUGGUGGGGCGGCCUGCCCCCUCCAGCGGGCGGGUGGCCCCGGGGGGGCCGGCGGGCCGCGAGCGGAGGUCGCGGGCGCUCGGGGCACGGGGGAGGGGUGCCGCGUGGCCGCCGCGGGGCCGGCUCCAACCCCCUCCGCUUCCCGCCCAGCUCCUCACCGACAGGGCGGGGGAGGGGGGUCAUUCUUCACAUUCCUUACCCCGCCCUUCCCCCCGCUUCAAUCAAACUUGGGGCGGGCGGAAGGCCCGCCUUCCGGCCGGCGCCUGUUGGCCGGCGCCGCCUCUGACUGUGGCGUGACUGGUUGUAGGCGCCGCCAGGUGCCUCUGACGUCACUUCCGCUAUCAUGUUUGUGGGCCGGGGAGACCUUGGCCUUGGGGGUUGGGAUGAAGGAGGGAAGGUAGGAAGUGCGAGGGGCGGGGGGACAGGGCGGGAAGGCGCGGGCGGGGAGGGCGGGAGAGUCGUGGCUGGCUGCAUGCCCCUGCUCCCCGCGGCCAAGUGCAGCCUCCCUUCCUGAAGCAGCUGCUGCGGCUGGAGGUCCGCUGCGGCAGCCGUCCUUGGCGAGGGGGAGGGGAACGCGGGAGCGGGAGGAAAUCGUAUCCCGGGGGACGGGGCUUGGAGAUUUGCGACUCGGUGUCACCGGAAACAGCGCUGGCCUUUUGAGUCGACACUGCAAACUCUUGGAACCGAGUGCCUCUCAGAAGGCUUGCUAAUAAACUUCCCGGGCGGGCUCUAGUGUGAGGAAUGUGGUAACCUGUAUGUCCUUGGCCAGUAAUGCCCUUCGGUCUUUCAACUUUUUACAGUAGAUUCUGUGUCAGAGGUAAUGGUAUGUAUUCUUCAACUUACCGGUUUUUAAAAAAUUGACUAACGAGAGGGCGGGCAGACAGGAAAAAGCAGGGAAGACAGUGAAUGUUAAAAUUUUGAGGUAAAUCAGGAGACUGGUUGAGUUUUGCUUUUUAACUUCAUUGAUAAAUACUGCUUUCUUGGCAUACAGUUCCUAAAGUUAAAGCAUCAUGUGGCAUUCCUUCGCAUUUAUGUCUGUUGGCCUGAAGUAUAAGAACAUUGAAUGUCAAAUUCCAAAUUUAUGUGUAGUUUAGGAAAUAAUUGUUUAUAUCCAGAAUUCUUGUGGUGUUUGGCGGGGUCUGGUUUUAUUUACUGUAUAUUCGGGAAGUGUGUGUAGUUAGGGAAGUAAAAACUUGGAAGUUACUUCGGGUUUUGUGAGAAUGUUUGAUUCAUUAUACAUAUUUGUUAGAAGUUUACUUUGAAACUUCAACUUUGAGAAUAGACAAAUUUCUUGACGUCCUGUAAAUUCAGUGGUAUAUAGCAUUUUAAAAUUUAUCACUUAGGUGCAAUUACAGUGUGAGGGGAAAAGUUAACUUUUUUGAAUAGUUACAUUGCAGUGACAGCAAGAGAGUAUUUUUAUGUGUAGACAGGCUGUGGGUUCCCCUCACUUAAAUUGAAGCUCUGUUGAACUUGAGACACUUAAGAAUCUUGCAAGUGUGAAAAGUGGAGUGAAACAAAACAACCAUUUCUAAAACGAAAAUGUGUAAAUAACUGCGUUCAGUUUUACACAGUGAAGAAAUAAGUAUUAAACAAGUUAGUCUCAAACGUUUAUAUCUUAAGGUCAUUUUAUUCCUGUUAUCAUUAACUAGACAUAUCUUGGUUUAGAGAGCAGCACACAAGACAUUGUGUACUUUUAAUAGCUAAGAUAGUAUAAUAACUACUCAUAUGGGAAUUACCGAGUGUUAAGAGCGCCAAACUAGUGUUUCAAACUGUAGGUCCUGAGUUAUAGGGUCAUGAAGUCACUUUAGUGGGUGGUGAUCCGAAUUUUUUAAAAAGUAGAAAAUAUUCCAUUGAAUACAAAAUAGUAUGUUGAUUCAGCUCGACACAUGUGUAUUCCUGUAAAAUAAUCCUGUGAAGCUGAGUGUCAAAAGUUGAAAAACUUCUUCUGUAGGGUGUUUUUCUCGUUUAUAGCAUUGUGUAAAGUAUUAUAGUUUAAUGUUUUUUAACGAGUAUUAAAUGGGCUGUUUAUAUUUGGUGGAACAUGAGCCACUCACUUUAGUUUCACAAGUUGGGAAGUAAAUUUGCCAUCCAGGACCAGUAUGCGUUUUAAUCAUAGUAUUUUUAAUAGCCUGUGAGGCUUUUCUUUAGACCAUAAGAGGUCUUUUCCAUCCCAUAAUAUUUAUUGCCAAUUAUUUAUCCAUGUCUAGAUGAGACUAGAAGAAUCCGAAUCCCCAGUAAUGAGUUGUCAGCAUUGCUUAAUGUGACCUCAGGACUGAUCAUUAUAUGCUUUUUGCCUGUGUAGGUGUUCUAAGCGUUGUAUAAUCACUUAAGAAUGGACUUCAUUAAAUAGACAAAAUAUGAGAGCCAUUACACUACUUUUGGUACUAAGUCUUUGAAAUCCAGACAGUUUUACACUUGCAGCACAUACACUUGGGGCUAAUCACAUUUCAGGUGCUCAGUAGCAACAUGUGACUAACAGCUGCCAAAUGAACAGUGCAGUUCUAGUGCACUGUUUUUAAAAAAAUUAGAUUUUUUUUUAAAUUAGAUUUCUCUAGCUGAAUAGUUGUAGUUUCAGAUAAACAGCCAAAAAUGUUCUGUCUCUCCACAGCUUCAUCUCAAUUGUGAAGAAAUUGCAUUAGGUGAUUUUUUUUUUUUUUUUUUUUUAAUAAUAGAAACAACGUCUCACUAUGUUGCCCAGGUUGGUCUCCAACUCCUGAGCUCAAGUGAUCCUUCUUCCUCAGCCUCCCAAAGUGCUAAGAUUACAGGUGUGAGCCACCGGGUUCCUGGCCGAAUCAGGUGAUUUCUUAGGCCCUUUCUAAAUACAAGGUUUAAGUAUUUUGAGGCAGCCGACAGCUAUACCUUUAAGUCUCUUUUGCUUCUCUAAGAAUAAGACAUUUUGGAUAAUUUGUUCUACCAUAACGUAAUGAAUACAAGUUGGGAGCAUUUUGCUCUUCUGUUAAGCACAGUUGGCCUUCCUGUCCAAGGAUUUUUGCAUCCUUGAAUUCAACCAACCUCUGAUGGAAAAUAUUUGGGGGAAAAAAAGUAAUACAACAAAAAUAAUAUGAUCAAAAAUAAUACAGUAUAACGACUAUUUACAUAACUUUUACAUUGUAUUAGGUAUUGUAAGUAAUCUAUGUAGGAGGAUAUGUGUAGGUUACAUGCAAAUAUGACACCACAUUUUAUAAGGGACUUGAGCAUCUGAGGAUUUUCCUCUGGGAGAAGGAGGUAUCCUGGAGGCAAUCCCCUGAGGAUACUUUUCUACUUUGUGUGAAUUUUUCAUUAACAGGAAGUUACAGUACUUUUCUGGUCACCUGAGAAACCCACCCCAUAUUUUUAUUAGCCAAAUGUAUAAUUCUUGAAUGCUUAGAAUUCAUUUCUUAAUGAUUUCACUGUUGUGCAGUAUAGACUGUGAAUUGCCUACUAUAAGGAUACAGUUAAUUAUAGUAAACUGUGGAAUCUAGAUUAAAUAAUUACACCCUACUUUUUUUCUUGGCUUGUGGAUGUGUAGACUACAUAGUGGUUUUUUCAACCCAGGAACAUAACAGUAUAAUGGAGGAUAGGAAGGCAGAAGAUUUUUAAAGGGUUGAGAAAUAAUGGUAUAUGUAUAAUGGUCAGUAAGCAGAACAAGCCAGCCAAGUUGGAUAUUUUUCAAGACUAUCUUAAGUGUCUGCUAUGUGUCUAAGAGUGAAAGGAAAUAAGGAAUAGUCCUUUUGGGAAACCUGACCUAGUACUUAGCUAUUUCAGACUUAAUGUGAUGUUUGAUAGAGUAGGAAAUAAGAUCUUAAAUUAGAAUUAGGUUAAAUUUCUUUAGAGAAACUUAUUUAUAAAUGUAAAGAAUUUAUUAUCUCAUGUGUUGCACAUGCUCUAUCGAAGGGAGCAAAAUACUAUUGGAGAGUUUGCUUAUUAAUGUAAUACUCAGCCUGCAUCAUUGUCGGAUAAUUUUGUUGAUAAUUCAACUAUUUGAGAUUGAAAGAAAUCUGUUAAAGUAGCCAGUGUUGUAAUUUUGAUUUGUAUUUGAUUACAGCGUAUGAAACAAAAAUGAGACUGGAGGAAAUAGUUUACUUGUGAACUUUUUGAGCUACUUUGUUUUAGGAGUAUUUAAAUUAAUGUAAAAGUGUAGGGAAAUGUCUUAGCUCAGAAAAUUUAAACUUACUAGAUAUUAAGUGCUUAAAAGGUAGAGUAUGCUUGCAUUUCAACUAAAGUUUAGAGUGUUUUAGGAAAUUAGAGGCUAUUUUAAAAAAAUAUUUUGAAGUUAGGAAUGUGUUCCUAAGUGUUUUCACCAUAAGAAAAUAGUCUGUGGGGAUAGUACAUACGUUAAUUAACUUGAUUUAGCUAUAAUAUAAACCUAUUUUAUGUACACCAUAAAAAUAACAAUUUUUAUGUCAAUUUGAAACAAAUUCAUUACAAAAAUGAAAUUAGGAAUGUGAAUGUUAAUAACUAAGUUAUGAAAACUUACUUGAUGUAAAUGUAGAUAUAGACAAGUCUAUAACUAAUAGAUUUGCCUGCUUUGUAGCAUGCUUUAAAUUGAUAAUAUUUUUAACUAUCACAAGUAUAUCUGGAAAGGUAAAAUUCCUGUUAGGAUAGUUUGUCAAAUUAAUUUAUUAUUAAGUACAGUUGCCAUUUGUUGAGUUAAUUUCUCAGUCAUUCAAUAUCUUUGCAUGUAUCCCAGUCCUGACAGCAACCCCAUGAGGUGUGGGCUGUUACAGUUCCCCCAAAUGGCGAUGAGAGAACACAGCCACUAAGUAGCUGCUUGGCUGCUUGACCCUGAAACCAUUGCCCUUAACCAUUUUCCUGUACUGGUAUGCUGAGCUGAAUGAAAUGAAGAUACAUUUUGUGUAAGUUGAAUUUUGACUUUUAGUUGCCAUAAAUUAAUUAAAUAAUUUAUUAUUAUAUAUAUAUUUUUGAGACAGUUUUGCUCUUCUUGCCCAGGCUGGAGUGUAAUGGUGCGAUCUUGGUCUACUGCAACCUCUGCCUCCUGGGUUCAAGCGAUUCUCCUACCUCAGCCUCCUGAGUAGCUGGGAUUACAGGUGCCUGCCACCAUGCCUGGCAAAUUUUUGUAUUUUUAGUAGAGAUGGGUUUUCACCAUGUUGGCCAGGCUGGUCCCAAACUCCUGACCUCAGGUGAUCCACUCGCCUGGACCUCUCAAAGUGCUAAGAUUAUAGGUGUGAGCCACUGUGCCUGGCCAGUUGCCGUAAUUUUUUUUUUUUUUUUUUUUUUUUUUUGAGACCGCAUCUUGCUCUGUUGCCCAGGCUGGAGUGCAGUGGCGUGAUCUCGGCUCCAUGCAACCUCCACCUUCCAGGUUCAAGCGAUUCUUCUGCCUCAGCCUCCGAAGUAGCUAGGACUACAGGCGCAUGCCACCAUGCCUGGCUGAUUUUUUUAUUUUUAGUAGAGAGGGCGUUUCACCAUAUUGGCCAGGCUGGUUUCGAACUCCUGACCUCAUGAUUCGCCCUCCUGGGCCUCCCAAAGUGCUGGGAUUACAGGCAUGAGCCACCGUGCCUGGCCAUUUGCCAUAACUUUUAAUGAGAGGGUAGUUCCAGCUACAGAUUGAGGUAGUAUGUGUGAAUAAGGAUAGAAAGUGGAUAUAAAAGUAUUUUUGUUACUUUUUAAGAAAGAAUUAUCAGAAGGCUCAAAUUCUGAUAAUUUUAGCUAAUAGUAUCCUACCUAAGAAGUAAACAAAGGCCCAGAAAUUAGAUGAUAUGUCCAAGGACAUAGUAAAUGGGGAGCCAGCAUUAACUGUAGACAGAAAAACUUCAAGUCCUAAAUGUAUACUAGCUAUCAACCCACUCUUUCCCAGUACGCAAGCAUUACAUAGUUGUGAUUAGUUAGUUAGGGCUUUUAAUUAACUUCCAAAUGAAUAUUUCCAUGGGUUCUUGUAAUCCAUAAAUUCAUGGAUUAUGUUCAGUGUUUAUGAGAGCUGGCCCUAACUGAACAUUGCUCGGCUGUUUGGUUUUAGUUUCCACCAUUUGCUGUAAUCAGUGUUUUCUAAACUGCAGGCCGGGAACCAUUAGAUUAUAAAAUCAGUUCAUGUAUAUAAUAAAAUAACAUAUUAGAGUAAGUAUUGAUUUGUGAACAAUAUUAUUUAUUGGAUUACUUAUAUACAUAUACUUUUCAAAAAAUUGAGGGUCAUGUUAAUAGCACUUGGUAUGUAAAUUACCAGAAUGCUUUCUAGCAAUAUGGUAUUUAUUUACACAGCUGGAUUGAGAAAGAAUAAUACAAAGUAAGCAUGUGACGCCAAGGUUGGAAAAAAAUAUGUUUUUGAGUGUUUGAUGAGGAUUCAAACAUGUUUUAAAUGAGAAAAUCGGUAGGAGGUUGAGGAUUGUAGUAGAAGUACCAGAUGCUUUUUCUUUUAGCUGUUUUUUUUUUCGUUGCUGUUGUUUGGUUGGUUUUGGUUUUGGUUUUUUUUUUUUUUUUUUUUGGCUGUUAUUGUUUUAAAAGUAAGGACUAGGCCGGGUGCAGUGGCUCACACCUGUAAUCCCAGCACUUUGGGAGGCGAAGGCAGGCAGGCAGAUCACCUGAGGUCAGGAGUUCGAGACCAGCCUGGCCAACAUGGUGAAACCCCGUCUUUACUAAAAAUACAAAAAUGAGCUGGGCGUGAUGGUGCACGCCUAUAAUCCCAGCUACUUGGGGGGCUGAGGCAGGAAAAUCGCUUGAACCCAGGAGGCGGAGGUUUCAGGAGCCAAGAUCACACCGUUGCACUCCAGCCUGAGUGACAGAGCAAGACCUCGUCUCUAAAAAAUAAAAGUAAGGACAGUGCUGAUUCAUGGGAAAUAUUUUGGCUUAUAAAGGGCCUGACGUUAGGGACAAGUGUGUCUGUGAGUUCCUACUUUGCAUAACCUGGCCUUGGAGAAUUGAAAUGGUCUCAAAUGUAGUAUAGUUUAGUGAUGCAGUACUGUCUCUAAUUUGGGGCAAGUUAUUAAGCUUCUUACCACCAGUUUUCAUCUAGAGAUGAUGAAGUAGUGGGACCUUACAUAUUUUGGAUAUAUGGUAUUAAUAAAUCUUUCCCUUUUUCUUACAGACGUGUUGAUACUGCAGCUAGGAAAGCUGAGGGACUUCGGCUAAAUUUCUUUUGCAAGAUUUCAAUGGCAGAGAAUUAGUAGUAGGGCCAGGAUUUGAACCCUGGUUUUUAUUGACUCCAAAUGAGUAAUGCUGUGAACAUUCAAAUACACGUUUUUUCAAUUCUCUUGCCCUUUUUUUUUGCGGGGAGGGGCAGGGUCUCACUCUCUUGCUCUGACUGGAGUGCAGUGGUGUGAUCAUAGCUUACUGCAACCUUUAACUCCUAGGCUCAAGCAAUCUUCCUGCCUCAACCUCCUGAGUAACUCAGCUGGGACCAUAAGCCUGCACCACCACACCCAGCCAUGUUCAGUUCUCUAGAGUAUAUACCUAGAAAUGGAAUUGCUGGGUCAUAUGGUGAACUGUUUUUUACUCAUCACUAACCAGUUCUGACACCAACAAUCAAUUCUUCAACUCGACACCAACAGAGUGUCCUACAAUUAAAUUUAAUUCUGAAACUACCUGAAGUUAGUACAAACUUCACAGGUUGAGGGCUCAAACACGUAAGACUGCCCCCGCUUCAGAUGCUAGUUUUAAGUCCUAGGUUUCUACCUGAAUUUUUAACCAACCAGCUAUAAAUUAGGGGGUUUCACAACCUCUUCCACUGGGUCUAUAAUUUGCUAGGAUGGCUUACAGAACACAGGAAGACACUCAUUAUCACUGGUUUAUUAUAAAGGAUUUAAAUGAAUAGCCAGAUGAAGAGGUCCUUAAGCUGAAGUCCAGGAGGGUUCCUAGCACAGGAGCUUCUGUAUCUAUGGAGUUAGGGUUACACCAGCCUCCUGGCAUGAAGAUGUGUUUUUCAACUCAGAGCUGUCCAAACCCUGACACUUAAGGGGUUUUUAUGGAGGUUUCGUACUUAGGCAUGAUUGAUUACAUUAUUGGCCUUUGAUGAUUGGCUUACUCUCUGUCCUCUCUGCUUUACCUGGAGGUUGAGGGGGUGAGGCUGAAAGUUCCACCCCUCUAGUCACACCUUGGUCUUUCUGGUGACUAUCCCCCUCCUGAAACUACAGGAGCCACCAGUCGACUCAGUAGCAUUAAACAGACAUUCAUCACUUAGGAAAUUCUGAGGGUUUUAGGAGCUGUAUGCCAGCCAGGAUCUUCAAAUGGAGACAAAGACGAAAUACGUAUUUCUGAUUCCACUUAACAACAACUGUUUGACUUGUCUACAAGUUUUGUUCUCCAAAGCAGCUGCACCAUUUCACAUUCCCACCAGCAAUCUAAGGGUUCCAGUUUUCUCCGCAUCCUUAUCAACACUUUUAUUAAUCUUAUUAGCCAUCCUAAUGAAUAAUGUAUCUUUUCAUGUGCCUGUUGGCCAUUUGUGCUUAUGAGUCAUAUCUUUGGUGAAAUAUCUAUUAAAAUAUUUUGUUUACCAUUAAAUUAGGUUGUUUUAAGUUACUUUAAUGUGUGUUUUGCACACCAAUUUACAAAGAAUGCAAAUCCAUUUUUUUUGCAUGUGGCUAUACAGCCAUCUCAGCAUUAUUUGUUGAAAAAACGAUUCCCAGUUGAAUUGUCUUGGCAUGGUUGAAAAUCAGUUGACCCAUGUAUGGGUUUAUUUCUAGACUUUAAAUUCUAUUAUAUUGAGCCGUAUGUUUUUUAUUACGUUUUGUAAUUUUAAAAAUUAGUGCUUUUGGUUACUAAAUCACUACAAAAUAAAUUUAGUCCCUAUCUUAAAAGAUAAUCUUUGUAGUAGCUACCUCCUAAAUAUGAAGUCUGUAAAUUAAAGAGUAAUAAUACAGUUUAGAUUACUUGGGUUUAUUAAAGAUUUUGGACUCUGCCUUCAAUCCGCAUAUUACCUUUCUAUCUAAAGGAAAGGAUCCUGACCCUGAAUCAGAUCCAGGUGGUUAUCUUUGAUUUAGUCCUAAUAAGACCACUUAGUGUUUGCUCGCAUGGGAUAAAUGAGUAGGUUCCUUUAAAAAUUAGUUUCUAUUUGUGUGUGUUUUUUAUAUUAUCUCAUUGUAUGUUAGUGCAUUUGGAUUAUGCAUGAUGUACAGGACUUUUGGGUUUUGAAGUCAUUGGAUUUUUAAUUAGAGGCUGUCAUGUUUUUCUGUAAUGAUUUUUUGUUGUUUCUUGAAGGAUAAGUUAUUUCAUGCGUUUUCAUUUGUAGGAACUAUAAGAAAACCAGCAGUUAAUAAUAGUAAAAGGUGGUGGUAAGAGGGUGAUUUCUGAAUCUUGUAAAUACAUGGUUUUAGGAGCGGAUUCAGAUAACCAAGCAUUUAAAAUACUAUUAAUGAAAUACAGGAAAUGAAACCACAGCAUAGAUUAUGUAUGUAGUCAAAAUGUUCAGUUAAACUUCAUUUUCAACGUAAGUGAAUGAAAAUGGUCUAAUACUAUUUUUCUUAUCACUCACACAGGAAACCAGGAUUACCGAGGAGGAAAAAAAAGCCUUCCUGUGGUGCUCAACUGUGAUUCCUUUUCAUCAUUCACCCUGGAUGUUCUCUUCACUGUGGGAUGAGGUAGUAGGUUGUAUAGUUUUAGGGUCACACCCACCACUGGGAGAUAACUAUACAAUCUACUGUCUUUCCUAACGUGAUAGAAAAGUCUGCAUCCAGGCGGUCUGAUAGAAAGUCAGUUAACUAAUUGUACAAUAUUUAAGAUUAACUUGUCUUAAAGAGAUGUAGUGCAGCAUUUGUUUAUGGCCUGGAAAUAAAUUAAUUUAGAGAUAAAGUCUGUAGCAAGUACACUGGAUGGGGGUGGGGAAACCUUUUGCUGCUUGUCUUAUUUCUCUGUGUCAGAAUAAAUGUAUUUUUUUAUUUUGAUUUAUGCUGAUAAUUUUAUGUUGAAAUUUUCUUUUGAAAGAGAUUGUACUUUCCAUUCCAGAAGAAAACAUUGCUCUAUCAGAGUGAGGUAGUAGAUUGUAUAGUUGUGGGGUAGUGAUUUUACCCUGUUCAGGAGAUAACUAUACAAUCUAUUGCCUUCCCUGAGGAGUAGACUUGCUGCAUUAUUUUCUUUUUAUUUAGAUGAUAUUAAAACUCAGAAGAAUUAAUUUUGACAUUUUGUAUUUACAGUUUGUCAGUUAAUUUUCUCUGUUCAAGUAGUACAGUAGGCACAGAUUAACAUUUAAAUUUUUCACAUAUGGUAUAUUUCAGAAAUUUGAAGUUAAGCAAAAAUUUUAAUGAGUAGAGAAAGUAAGUAGCCUUCAGGAAAUCUUCAUAGAGGACCAGGCCCUUUUGGAAUUGUGAAUAGGUUUAUUGCCUUACAUCCUGGUACACAUGUCCAAGGUGAGAUCCUGGGUGGUAAAGGUAAAUACAAAUUGAAAGGGCACUGUGUGAGCCAAAAUGAGUCAGAUUAGUCAUGAUCUAUUUCCAGUUAGGGUUUUGGGUGGUCUUGGAGAAUGUUGUAAGCACUGCUUCAUUGAUAGGUUGAUUGAGCCAGACUUUACUCAGCAGCCUGGAAAAGGGGAGAUGGGCUCUGGGUUCUACCUUUGCUCACUGGUAAGUUGCUAAGAUUUCAGCUUUGCCCUCAAACCCUGAAGUAGUCCUUCAUUCACACAGUGGGAUCACUCGAAAAUGUCAGAUGGGGAAGUCCAUAGGUUGUUACUUUAAAGAAAAUAGAAAAAAUGCUGGAAAAGGUUUCUUCAAUUUUAAUACCCAUGAAGGCCCAUGUUUUAGCUUUCCUCCGAUGGGCAAACCAUACACUAACUUGGGCCUUGUAAUCAACAAGCAAGGCUAAAAGCUCUCUAAGUGCUUGCUGUUUAUUUUGUGUUGGAAGAAGAGUUGGAAAAGAGGCAGUGUGGAGGUGAGGGAGAAGUUCCCUCCCUCCAAUCAUUUCCAAUAAAUGGAAAUUUAAGGAGAAAUUUGUGUUUAUCCUUAAUAUCUAAGAUAAUCACUGUGCAGUGCCAUUGGUACUUUUCAUGAGAGUAGAAACAUCAAACUUCCUUGGAUGGGCCCAAUCCAGGUGACUUAACUCUGGACCAAAUGUAUGCUUUUUGUUUUAUCCACUGUGGACAGCUGCAUAGAUAAUUGGUCUUCUGCUUCUAAACUGCACAUAAAAACAUGGGAGAAAAUGACAUUUGUUGCCUUUUGAUGUGCCAAAGAAGAGUGGGAAUGUUCUAAGAAUUCUUCUUGGCUUAAUCUUUGUUGAAUUGAAAAUAUGUAUAACUCUUCUGCUGAAAGUGUAGCAAGUACAGUCAUGAAAUUUUGUGGUCUUCCUGACAUGUUCUUCCAGCAUAACGUUGCCACCUUCAGUUGGAAACGUAUCCUUAUCUAAUAAUUAAGCCCUGGAGAAAAAUUAAUUUAUAUAUUUUAUUAAUUACAUAAGGACAUUGUUACUAGCUAAGCAGAGUAAGUAAAUCGAAAUAAAACUUUAAAAAUGCCUUUAUGGAGAGAAUGACUAUCUCUGAAAGCUUGUUUUUAAUGAUGAUAAAAUUCAUGAUCAGAAUUUGUUUCUGUUUACUUUAAUUCAGGGGUCAAAAACUGAAAUACCAUCAGAGGCCCAGGAGGGGCUAGCUGUAACUGGCAAAUAUAGUAAAUUAAUUUGCUCUGGUUGAUAGGUAACAAGCAGGGUUUAUAUACAUUGUCACCUACUUCUCCAGUUAACAGGAGAGACUGGAGAUUUUAUGAAAUUUGAUAUUUAAAUGUUGGUAACUGGAUUGGGCGCCAUGGCUCACACCUCUAAUCCCAGCACUUCGGGAGGCUGAGGCGGGUGGAGCACCUGAGGUCAGGAGUUAAAGACCAUCCUGACCAGCCUGGUGAAACACAGUCUCUAAUAAAGAUACAAAAAUUAGGCCGGGUGUGGUGGCUCACGCCUGUAAUCCCAGCACUUUGGGGAGGCCAAGGUGGGCGGAUCACCUGAGUCAGGAGUUUGAGACCAGCCUGCCUAACAUGGUGAAAACCUGUUUCUACUAAAAAUACAAAAAAGUAGCUGGGCGUGGUGGUGGCUGCCUGUAAUCCCAGCUACUCUGGGGGCUGAGGCAGGAGAAUCACUUGAACCCAGGAGGCAGAGGUUGCAGUGAGCCGAGAUCACACCACUGUACUCCAGCCUGGGUGACAGAGCGAGACUCUGUCCAAAAAAAAAAUUGGUAAUUAAAUGUUAAAAGUCAGCGACUCCAGUAAUACGUGGUGGGCUGAGUAUUAGACAACUGGCUUACAUCCUCUGAUGUCAUUACUUUCUUGUUCGUUUGUGACUUGAGGUUGGAUUUUAAGCAAAUGUAUUUGUGGCUUUUUACCAAGGUCAUAUGGCCAGAUAACUUUUCAAAAGCAUUAGUUAAAGAAUUCUGAUUAGUUUGAAUUUGAAACAAAACUCAAAGAACAUGACCUAAUUUAACAGGUUAAUUUGAAGUGCAUCUGCCAAGUAGAAGACCAGCAAGAAAAAAAAAAUGGGUUCCUAGGAAGAGGUAGUAGGUUGCAUAGUUUUAGGGCAGGGAUUUUGCCCACAAGGAGGUAACUAUACGACCUGCUGCCUUUCUUAGGGCCUUAUUAUUCACCGAUAACCUGUUUCCUUGCUACUUUGCUUUGGUGUAAGCAGAGUUCUUUCUGUAGGUUUUUUCAAAUGAAAACAUUGCAAGAAUAUCAAAGAGAGCAGUGUUUGCGUUAGUGAUUAUAAACUGCAGCAUGGUGCUGACAUUGAUAACUGAAAGUCAACUAAUGAGAAUUUGAGACUUCUGAAGUACACUUAGUUGCUAGUGUCUCUCCCUUUUGGUGUCACUGGAAAGUUUAGAAAGCAUGGUUUUGUUUUUGCUCAGGUUUCUCUUUCUGUGAUGCAGAGACUCUCAGCUGUUCCUCCUCUAUGUCUACAUUAUGUCUGAAGGAAAGAAUUUAACAAAACUUGAAAUACUGCUGUUUUUCUACAAUGUUUGUAAAUAUCUUGCUGCUUUUCUAGGUUUGUCUUCUGGAUUUAAAAUUUGGGGCGGCUGGGGUGGAAUUGCAUGGUUUGGGAAUGGGUAAUUGAGCUGCUGCUCAUUAUGGUAUGUAACAGUGAUUUGUCUGUUUAAUAUGUACAAGAACUGGAAGGUCAAUAAAAUGAAAGUGGUUGUCUUGACUGGGUAAUGGUGUUACAUAUUUUGUUAAAAGUUAUACAUCUUUUAAAUAAAAACACUGCAUACUUCAAAA